CGAGGAGAGAUCACCACACCCACUCUGCUGACAGAGCUGUCCCACCAUGAGCUAAUGCCAUUCCAGACAGAUCCCGCUAAAACCUCUCUUUCUGCCUCUGGGGUAUUUAUAGGGGAUGUGAUCCCCGCAGGGAGUCAUUCGGCCUGCUGGGCUUGCGGUCUCUCCUACCUUCCCCCUUCAGUCUCUCCUGCCUUCCAUCCGUGACGCCAUGGACAUCACCAUUCAGCACCCCUGGCUCCGACGGGCCCUGGGUUCCAUCUACCCCGCUCGCCUCUUCGGCCAGUUCUUCGGAGAGAGCCUCUUCGACUAUGACCUCUUGCCCUUUGGUAGCUCUACCAUCAGCCCCUGUUACAGAACUUCGCUUCUCCGCACCAUCAUGGAGUCGUCCAACUCGGGGAUUUCUGAGGUGAGGUCUGACCGGGACAGGUUCUCUGUUUACCUGGACGUGAAGCACUUCUCCCCUGAAGAGCUCACCGUCAAGGUGAUCGAAGGCUAUUUGGAGAUCCGGGGCAAGCAUGGAGAGAGGCAGGACGACCAUGGCUACAUCUCACGCCUGUUCCACCGCCGGUACCGCCUGCCCUCAAACGUGGACCAGUCGUCCUUCACCUGCUCGCUGUCUCCGGACGGCCUGCUCACCCUCUGUGCCCCAAAGGUGACCUCCGGAGCCGACGUGACUCGUAGCGACCGCAGCAUUCCCGUCACCCGCGAUGACAAGCCCGGCUCCGGCCCCUCCUCCUAGGCUGGCUCCGCCCUGCCUCUCGAGGCUGCAGACUGGGUGUGAGGAGGUGGAAUCUCCCUGUACCUCCCCAUUUUCCACAGAUGUCAGUAUGAUCCCAGUUUGUCAUUCCUCUCUCACUAUUGACAUUAUAUCGCUAGCUAUUACAGUAAUGAUAAUUAAUUACUGCUCUUUAUUUAUGGCUGUGUGGACCAGCAGAAAGGAAGGUGAGAUAUGGAGGUCAGAGGUCAGUUUGCCCCCCUGGGCCUAAGGCAUCAUGUGACCAGCCCCUCCUCCAAUCUUCAGCCCAGAUAUAACAUGGCUCCCCUUUUGGCUUCGUCCCAGGGCCUCGAAGGUACCAGCAGUAAUGCUUA